GCUGAUGUGCUAUUGUGGUAAUGCCGAGUUUGGCUGUGCUCUUCAAAGUCCCGGAUGUGGUAGGAUAGAAGGGAUAUUACACUGAACAUAAACCCUGCAUAGCCCCAGAGAGUAAAAUAAAUCUGACAAGUCAGAGAACUUCCCAAAUAGGAAGUGUGUAGUUGCUGACAGGUCUCAGGUUGGGAGCCAUCUGACAAUCCAGUUGGAUGACGUCGGACGGUCCAGUUGGGCGAGGAAAAGUUCAUGAACGAGUUAAGCUUCAUAGAAAAUAGAGAAAGGUGCAACGCACGAGUUCCCCUUUGCAUCACCCGUCAACAUUUCUGGCAACUUCCUAACUCGAGCGAGAUGUCGAAGCGUCAAACCAUCCUAUUCAUGACCAACUCAGAGCUCGGCCAGGCGUCUAUUGUUCUGGCCGUUGCGAUCGAGUUGCUCCUCAACCCAUCACUCGAUGUCCACAUUGCAUCCUUCCCUCCUCUAUCCAGUAUCGUGCCAGAUGGAAUCACUUUCCACGCCAUACCCGGCCCGUCCAUGAAGCAAGUCCUGGCAGAUCGAGGCAUCGAUUUCUUGCCAAGACAUCCCCCGGGUGUUCGCGGCGCCGUCCAGUCCUAUAGAGAGGCUUUACCUGCUGUUCUUGCUCCAUGGGAGCCGGAGCAAUAUCUGGCCAUCUACGAACACUGCAAAGGGCUGAUCCAAGAAGUAGACCCGACUGUAGUGGUUCUGGAUGGGCUGUUUGCCGCUGGAUCGGAUGCGUGCAGUGUCCUCAAGGCCCGACAUGUAAUUCUGAGUCCCUUGACCUUCAAAGACCAUGCGAUGCAGGAGCAGCCAUGGCUUGCAGCGUUGUGGAAAUUUGGAGUUCUGUCGUCCGGGUUCACAAAUCCCUUGCCGCUCUCGGCGGUCCUCAUUAACAUUUACCUUAUUAUCCGACUCAUCAUGGUCGGCUACCACGCCAACUCCGUUGAGAACGUCAUCAAAGCCCGGCACAAACGUGGAAUCCCCGGGCAACUGAGCACCAUGUUUACCGAGUUCCGGAGCGACCUCACCUACCUCAUUCCCUCGACACCAAAUACCGACUUUCAAUUGCACAUCCCCUCCAACAUCAUCGGCUGCGGGCCCAUGAUUCCCGCAUUCGACCCCCUUGAGAAGACACACCCAGAUCUUGCGUCUUGGCUGGCUGCGAAACCGACCUUGAUCGUGAACAUGGGCUCCCACGUCACCUAUGCCGCUGAUCAGUUCUACCAAGUUUCUGAAGCAUUAUACGACUGCCUGUCAUGUAAUCCUUACAUUCAAAUUCUCUGGAAAUGCCCAGUCGAGAAAGACGCCCUCAUCGCGCCCAACUACGCCUCGCGCAUCAAGCUCCUCCCCUGGCUCCCAGCGCAGCCUAUAGCCUUCCUCACAGCAAGCAACUCCAUCCUGGCGUACGUGCACCACGGCGGGAGCAACUCAUUCCACGAGGCGCUCGCAGCAGGCGUGCCGCAGGUGGUGUGUCCCGUCUGGCUCGACACGUACGACUUCGCAACGAGGGCUGAGUACCUGGGCGUCGGGGUGCGGGGUAAUGUGACCGCAGCGCCCGAGGUGCAGAGUGCAGAGCUAGCUACUGCGCUGGCGAGGGUCGUGAGUGGUUGUGAGGAAGCUGACGGCAUGAGAGCCCAGGCCCGUCGGCUGGCGAGGGAAGUUGGAGGUGCUGACAGGGGACGCAAGGUAGCAGCUGAGCGAAUUCUGGCGGUUGCCGGAUUGGGCAAUGUUGCUGACAAGGAGUUGGAGUUGUUGGUCGGCCAAGAUUGAUCUGUGUUUUUGAUAACACAAAGCUUAAUUUCCUCGGCGCUAUACUUGUUUGCUUUUAAUGACUUAUCAUGGACAACCGGAUGGUAGGGCGUUCGCAGAUGCAAAUUAGAAUAAUAAACUAAUGAGAACUGAACGAUAUUGUCGACUCCUGGUCUCUCACAUGUGCAGCUCGCGUGGUCAUUAAUUUCCUAUUGCGGACCAACCUCAUGAGGCUUAGAUGGUUGGCUGCUGACAAGGGAGCUCGGAAUCGGCCCCGGGUUCGUGUUCGGCAAAGUUGGAGAGUCGAGGGGCCGAGUCCCUGUCGUAGGCGUUGAAACUUCCAUACAAAACGAGGCUGUGUCCUCGACAUAUUUCCCAGC